CGCUGGACCGCGCGCCGGCGACCAGGAGCGUGCUGGGGCGCGGCGCGCUGCGCUUCGACUCGGCGUGGGCGCAGGCGCAGCGGUCGGCGCUGGUGAUGCUGUUCGCCGGCGCGCAGGCGUCGACGCCGCGCUUCGUGGGCUUCUCGCACGCGGCGCUGCUGCGGUUCUGCGCGCAGCAGAAGGCCGACUUCCAGAUGCGGCCGCAGCUGCCGCUGGUGGCGUCGGUGCGGUCGUACAGCGGCUACGGGCUGCUGCACUGCGCGUUCCUGGGCGUCUACGUCGGGUGCGCGACGCUGGUGGUGCCGCCGCCGGUGUUCUUUGCGGCGCCGCUGGUGUGGUUCGACCUGGUGCAGCGCCACGGCGUCAAGGACGCCUUCGCCACGCUGCCGAUGCUGCAGCACGCGAUGAGCGCGCUGGCCGCCGCGCCGCCGCCGCGCGGUGCGCUCAGCCUGGCGUGCGUGCGCAACCUGAUCGUCGCCACCGACGAGCGCAUCGACCCGGCCGCGUGCGCACAGAUCCGCGACUUCUUCGCGCCGUUCGGGCUGGACGCGCGCGCCAUCAACCCGCUGUACGCCACGCAGAUGAACGCCUGCAUCAGCACGCGCGCGUACCUGGGCGUGCCGCCGCUGACGCUGCGCUUGGACCCGCACGCGCUGCGCCGCGCACGCGUCGUGGCCGUUGCCGCUGACGCCGCCGCCGACGCCGACGGCAUGGCCGCCGGGCUGCUGGUGCUGCAGGACUCGGGCAAGGUGUCGGGCAGCACCAUGGUGGCCAUCGUCGACCCGGCCACGCGCAUGCCGCUGCCGGCCGGCGCCAUCGGCGAGGUGUGGGUGUGCAGCCAGAGCAACGCGCUCAACCGCCGCACGCCGCUGCCUGGGCUUUCGAGCGGCGCCGUGGCGAUGCCGAUGCCGAUGCCGGCCGCUGACGAAGCCGCCACCGGCUUCCUGGCCACGUCGCGCGACUGCGAGUUUGUGCGCACCGGCGACCUGGGCUUCCUGUAUCUGCAGCCGGCCGACGAGGCUGCGGGCAGCGCCCCGCCCGAGCCGUACCUGUUUGUGGCCGGCAAGAUGGAUGCCACGUUCACCGUCGACGGGUACAUGUACUUCUACGCCGACAUUGAGCGCGCCGUCGAGGACCCGGCCGAAGACAUCCUCCCGGACAGCUGCGUGGUGUUCCAGACCACGUUUCCGCCGCUGGCUAAUGCAGACUCGUCCGCCUCUGCCGCCAGCUCCAAUUCGCUGCGCCUGGUCGCCGUCAUCAUGAUGCGCCAGAUGCCCACUGCCGACUCGUUCCUGCCCAACAUCGCCUGCCUGGCCUUCAGCAGCGUGCUGGACCGCCACCAGGUGCUGCUCGACGAGAUUGUCUUUGUGCCGCGCGAUGCGCUGCCCCGCUCGCGCAUUGCCGAGAGGCGCCGCCGCACUGUGCGCGGCAUGUACGAGUCGGCCAAGCUCAAUGCCUUUGUGAGCUUCCCCAUUUUGAACGCCACCACCACCACGUUGCCCUCGGGCGUGUCGAACCCAAACAACCGCCUGUCGUUCAUGGGUCCAGCCAGCCUGAACAUUUCUAGUUCGUUGAUGCAGCAGCAGCAGCAGCAUCAGCAGCAGCAUCAGCAGCAACGCUAAUCCUGUGUAUUUUUAUUUUUAUUUACAUCUCGAUCAGCCUUUUCGCAUCAUCGUCG